UUAAGCAUUUCUGAAAUGAACUCCUUGUGGAAUUGUUGUAAAUCGACAUAGUACACCACGGUUGUGUGCUGGUUCCAGUUUGUUAAGGGUUACACUGCUGUAUCUUUAGUCACCCUGCCUUGAGAGCUUCAUGCUACUCAUGCGUUAUUUGGUAUCUGUGGACAGACGUCUUCUUUAAGCACUUCAACCUCGUUUCUCUGUUAAAAUACUUAUGACUCGGGAAGUGAGCUAAAUGGCAUGCCUUGUACAAUAAUUCAGCAUGGUUAUUACCACUGCUCCAACAUUCAAGUGAGAAUUUAAAUUGCGUAAAAUCAAGUUACUUGUGACAGCUCAUGCAUUUGUACCUUUGUAUUUUCACCAAAGACUCAGUGGGCUUUCAAAGGGAGAGUAUUUAAGAUACCCCAGUGAAUACCAGUACCACCGUUUCGUGGCUGACCCAGUAGUGCACGGAAACUUAAAGGUAUCCGUCAUUAGUUACAGACGCGCUACUACAAAGAGUGAAGAAGGAGUUUGUUUUGGGUCAUUUCCAAUUAACGGGACCAGGUUUUGGACCUUGCAAAAUAGCAGUCAUAACAAGCAACUUGCAAAUAAUAACCUCGAGACCUAACAUGAGAUAUAUUUUAAUGACAGUAGUAACAUCGUGCUUCAUAGUUUAUGUGUCUGGACGCCAUUCAGUAUGUGGAGUAGUUUCAGUGCUUCAGGAAGAAAAGAAAAAGUGCUUGGCAGUAAUUAAUAAACAUGAGGCCGAGUCCACAAAAGGUCCAGGAUGUGGGGGGGAGUGGGACAAUCUAACCUGUUGGCGUCCGGCUGAAAUCGGAGAAACUGUGUUGAAUCCUUGCCCAAAAUUAUUCAAAGACCUAUACAACUCAAAAGGAAAUAUUAGCAGAAACUGCACACUCUCUGGCUGGUCUGACAUCUUUCCACCUCUUCUGAUUGCAUGUGACUAUAGUAACAGUAAAGAAACUGAAACCAUGAUGUUGUUUUAUACACGGGUUCAAGUUAUUUACACAUUGGGUCACAGUGUAUCUCUGAUUGCUCUUACAACUGGAAGUAUUAUUUUGUGCUUUUUCAGAAGACUUCACUGUACACGGAACUACAUUCACCUGAAUUUGUUCAUCUCCUUCAUUUUGAGAGCGGUGUCGGUUUUGGUGAAGGAUCAGAUUUUAUAUUCCACUUCUAAUCCAUAUGAGUCAGAGCAGUGCAGUGUGAAUACUCUGUCCUGGGUUGCCUGCAAGACAAGCCUGGUGUUCUUCCAGUACUGUAUUAUGGCAAACUUCUUCUGGCUGUUAGUUGAAGGUUUAUAUUUGCUGACACUCCUUGUGGUUAUAUUUACUGAAAACAGACAUUUUAUACUCUACCUUCUUUUGGGCUGGGGAAUUCCAACAAUAUUUGUUUUUACAUGGAGCCUUACAAGAAUAUACUUAGAAGACACUGGCUGCUGGGAUACAAAUGAUCACAUUGUUCCUUGGUGGCUUAUCAAAGGUCCAAUUCUUUUUUCCAUAUCGGUUAAUUUUAUCAUCUUUUUAUGCAUAAUAAGAAUUCUCGUGCAGAAGCUGAGCUCAGCAGAUGUUGGAGGCAAUGACCAGUCACAGUACAAGAGACUUGCAAAAUCAACAUUGCUGCUCAUUCCGUUAUUUGGAGUUUACUACAUAGUUUUUGCUUUCUCUCCACCCCACAGUGUUUUAGCCAAAUACCAAAUACAGUUUGAGCUGUGUGUGGGCUCAUUUCAGGGCUUGAUUGUUGCUGUUCUUUACUGCUUUUUGAACAGUGAGGUUCAAACUGAAAUAAAAAGAAAAUGGCGAACAAUAUGCUUAGAUCAGUACAUAAGAAGAAAUUACAGACAGCACAGCUCUUCCAUCUCAAGAAAUGGUUCUGAAAGUGUAACAAUUCACAGAGACUCAAGAAUGCAUUCUUCUGUGCAAAGUGAGACAUCAAGUAUAUAAAAUAAUUACCUGAGGUGUACUAAUGAAAGUGUAAUGCUAUAUAACUUGUACAAAUUAUUUUAGAAGUGAAGAUGUCUUUAUUUUGCCAGCUGAAUUUUGAGAUUCCUUUGGAUUUUCCUUUCUGACUAAUUGUUAUCGUGAACUGAUAAUGUUUCAAAAUUGUGGCUACAAGAUCAGGACAAUAUUGCUUUAGAUGUUUUGAAUGCUCCAGGACUGCAAAAUGUUUGAAAAUGUUCUGUACAUUGUAGCAAUUUAAGUAUGGCCAUUUCAUAUAACUUGUAUUUAAAAUUUAUUUAUUGCAAUAUGGCAAUGCUUAGUCAGUUUCAGGUCAUAAUCUUGAAUGCAUUUCUGCUAAUGCUAUGUAGAAUGAAUUGUAUAAUAUUUUCUUCACAUGAAGGAGUAUACAUAUUUAGUGAAAGAAAAAAAAGUCUUGUUUUGGAUUGGGCAUCCGCCUGUGAAGUGUCAUUUAUACAACAAAAACUGUAAAUUUUUAUUUAAAUGUUGCAGGUAUUUCCCAAAAAAGUCAUCUGUUGUGACUCCAUCUGAAAAGUUUAACUUACAAAUGGCUUUACCUAUAUGUUACUGAGUAUUUUCAAACUAAAUGUUAAUAUUCCAUUUCAGUGUUUCUCAUUGCUAUUGUAUUCUAUUUUGUUAAAUAGUUAUAUUAGAUUUGUAAAUGUAUAAUAUUCUGUUAAACAAGUUAUUUCUUAAUAAUACAUGCAUUGUUUCUAAUGUAUAAAUGGAAGUACAAAGUAUGGACUGAAAUUUUGCAAAAUAUAUAUUUGUAAUGUUGCAAAACUGCCUCCAAAUACUGGAAAUCUGUACUGGUGUAUUACUGUCUUAUUUUACACAAUUCCCAUGCAGAAAUAGAUUAUAGUCUGUAUGUAAACCUGAGCAGUAGCAAGGGAAUGUUCACUGUUGUAUUAUAAUGAAAAGUUAUGAUACAAAUUUUUAGGGCUUCCUUUGCAAAAUACAUGAUCAUUAAAAGAAGUUAGUUUGCCUGUCAGCGGAAUACAAAACAUCACAAUAUAUUGCUCUACAUAAAUUAUAUUCCCUAUCCAGAAGGUCAGUAAUAUCUCACCCCUAUGAACAUGCUACUAUGUCUCUAAAGAUGAAACUCUGUUGAAGAAUCCUCUCCGAAGAAGCUGAUAUCUGAUCUUUUUAACUUGCCUAGAAAUAAUGCAUACCUCACAACUCUCCAGAUUGUGACAGAAUGUCCAGAUUUUUGCCUCAAGUUUUUGGUAUGCUCCCAUAAAAGUUGUAGUUUUCUGAGAAAUCUCUGGGGUGAUCUGAGGAUUGAAGUCACU